GUGAGCACAAUGAACAGUGAAGAAGAAACACUGGAGAAACUGGAUGCAGAAUUUGAUCAUUAUGUUGUGGAUAUGAAGCCUUAUGUUUUGAAACUACCUCAUAAAUUAGAACGUCAGAGAUGUGCCCUUUGGAUUAAAAAACUGUGCGAACCUUCAGGUGCAGGUACAGGGAUUGUUGAUAGAAAGAACCGGAAUCUAUAUGCAAAACUUCUGCUGCAUAUGCUGAAGAGAGGUGUUCUGGAAGGCCCCUUUACGCAUAAACCUGAAGCAGGAAUGCUGAAAACCCUUCCUUCGUACAUGUCCAUCUAUUUUGAUGAGCCAAAUUCUACAAGAGUGCGGAGUGACAGCUCAGAAGAAUUACCUGACUGGGUCAUGGGAGAGCUGGGACAAAGUGAUUCUAAACUGGAUGAGUCCUGGAAGCUUUCUUUUAGAGAAAAAUCUGCUUUGGUAACUGUACCGGUUGUACACAGAGACCAGUAUACAUAUAAUGGAAAACUGCCAUUAAAAUCACAUUCUAUGAGUCAACCUUAUCAGUCAGAAGAUGACAGCUUCUCCUCAAAGAGUCAUGAUGAUCAUCGCUCCGGAAAAAUUUCAUUGGAUGACAGUGACCUUGAAGCACGUUUCAACAGUUGGAAUCUUGGGCUGGAAAAUCCCAGAUACUUGCGUGAGAAAACUAUACCGCUAUCAUUGAUGUCACCCAAAGUUGGAAUGGGAACAAACACUUCUCGGGAUGAAAAAUCAUUGUUCCAUAUGCAUGAAAGAGAGCUGGAGAUGAAAACAAAAAUGAUGGAAGCUAGAAUUCAUGAAGAAAAGCUUAAAUUACAACAGAAGCAUGAUUCAGAUGUUCAGAAGAUUUUGGACCGAAAGAAUAAUGAAAUUGAAGUACUGAAGGCUCUGUACAAAACAAAGCAGAAUGAAGCUGAAGAGACCAUUCAAAAACUUGAAAAAAAAGUUCAGACGCUUGUCCGUGAAUCACAAGUCAUUAGAGAAGCUAAGGAAAAACAGAUUGCGGAGCUGAAAAAGUUAUGUGAGCAAAGUACAGAGUCGCUGAACAAUGAGUGGGAGAAAAGGCUCCAUAGUGCAGUGGCCGAAAUGGAGAAAGAAAAGUUUGAUCUUCAGAAGAAACACACAGAAAAUAUCCAGGAAUUGCUGGAGGAUACAAAUGCACGCCUAAGUAAAAUGGAUGCAGAAUAUUUGGCAAAAACCAAGGACCCUAACCCGAUGGUCAAAGAGCUGAAAGCCCGUGUCCAUCAGUUGACUAUGGAAGCCGAAAGCAGCAAUUUGCAGCAUCAGAAAUUAUCUCAAGAAAAGGCUAAUCUGGAACAGUUGUACCAGGCUGUAUGCACUGAACUUCAAGAAGCUAAGAAAAGAUGCAACUCACUUCAAAAAGAGAGAGAAUGUAUUGUACAAGAUUAUGAGCAGGACAUUCAGCAGCUACAAGGCAAAUAUGAUGCUGACCUAAAUUUCAUGAAACAGGAACAUGCUCUUUCUGCAGCUAAGGCAUCUGAUGUGAUUGAAGAAUUAGAACAGUGCGUUUCUCAAUUAAAACAACAGUUAGUAGAAUCAGAACAUCAAAGACAGAAACAACUGAGGGAUCAAGAGCAGACAUUUCUACAGGAGAAAAUUUAUUUAGAGAGAUCUCAUGAAAGCAAGAUCCAAGGAUUACAGAAUGACUUUGAUAAAGAAAGAACAGAUUCUCGUACGAAAAUACGAAGACUGGAAGAUAUUCUGGAAGAGAAGGAGGAACAGUUGACUCAGAUGAUGCAGGUACAGACGCUUCAGGCCCAGCAGGCUGAUGCUGCCCUGGAGGAGUUUAAGCGGCAGGUGGAGCUGAACUCAGAAAACAUCUAUGCUGAAAUGAAAGAGCAGAUGGGAAAGGUGGAAGCAGACCUAAGCAGAUCAAAAUCUCUUCGUGAAAAGCAGUCCAAAGAAUUCUCCAGGCAGUUGGAAGAACUCAAGCAAAGAUACGAACAAGAGAUAGUAGAGCUGAAGCUGGAGCAUGAACAGGAGAAGGCGCACCUAUUCCAACAGCAUAACACAGAAAAGGAUUGCCUGGUCCAAGACCAUGAACGGGAAAUUGAAAAACUAGAAAAACAGCUUCGGGCUGCCAUGACAGAGCACAGCAAUAAAACUCUGGAAUUGAGGAAGCGAGAUGCGCAGAUAAUCUGUGAUAUGGAAGCCCAGAUCCAUACAUUGAGGGAAGAGCUUAUUCAGGUGAAUGCUCAGAGAAAACAGCAACUAGUUGAGCUUAGCCUUAUUAGAGAAGAAGAAAAGCAGAGAACUGCUCGGGACCACGAGACUGCCAUGAACAAGCUGAGAGCUGACUCAGAAAAUAUGAUGUUAGAUUUAAAAAAGACCAGUGCUGCAGAAACAGAGAUGGCUUUGGAAAAGGCCAACAGCAGGUUGAAGCAGAUUGAAAAGGAAUACAGUCAGAAGUUGACCAAAUCUGCACAGAUCAUAGCUGAACUUAAGACAACCAUUUCCUCUCUGACAGAGGAAAGCUAUCAGCAGCAGCUUGCUGAAGAAAGGCACCUGCAGGAUGUUUUACAAAAAUUUGAAGAUGAGAAGCAGCAACUGAUUAGAGAUAAUGACAGAGCAAUCAAGAUUACUUCUAUACGGCAAGAAUAUGAAAUUAAACUUAAAGGUCUGAUGCCAGCAUCUUUGAGACAAGAACUUGAAGACACAAUUCUUUCAUUAAAAUCUCAGGUCACAUUUCUGCAGAAAAGGGCAUCCAUCCUGCAAGAGGAACUGAACACAUAUCGUACCAGAAGGUAACCACUGGAGCCGGCUGAUUUGUCUGAGUCUGAUGGGCUUCCUUCAGCAGGUUUGAAGAUGUAGAUCUUGUGAACUAAACUGAGAGAUCAGGGAUUGUUUUGUUAUAAAAGACAAUGUAAUUAAGGGUAAAAAAGCACAUUCCCCAUUUAUAACAAAAUUUUAAGUUAACAAUUAUUUGAGUUAUUUCAUCCUUUAUAUUUACAAAUUUUUUAUCCUUUUGAUAUAUUCAGUAUUUAUGUAUGCCAAUAUAGUUACAGACAAAGUUCAUUUUGCUUGCUCAUGUUGCUUUUGUUACUGGCUUUCUGAUGCAGUUUUUUCACUUUUAUGCAUGCUAAAAAUCACGUCCUUAUAAUAAUCAUUAUUGUUAUAUUGUCCAAAACAUUUUGAAAUAUAUCUUACAUUGUUUUCAUG